AUGGCGGCCCCUCUCCGCAAACGAGGACGGACAUCAUUUCUGCGUUCAAAAAGUGGACACAAAUGGUCUCUUUCUGCUCCUGAACAGAGGGGUAGAAAUGCACAAGUUUCAUAUACGCCUGCGCCUAAAGGUGAUGCAAUGUAUGCCAGAUCUCCUGUGGAAUCUUGGGCUAUCCUGUUUUCUAAUGAAAUCUUAGAAAUUAUUCUCAAACAUACUAAUGAACAAAUAAACAGGCGAAUCGGUGAACUUGAAAGAAGGCAAAUGGUAAUUGAUACAUCACUUCACAAAGUUACAGACAUUGUGGAAUUAAAAGCUGUUUUUGGAUUAUUGUAUUACGCUGGCGCUCAUAAAUUAAUUAAAUGUAAAACGAUGAACUGGUGGAGUGUUCAUUCCAUGCCUUUAUUCAAAGCAACGAUGUCAAGAAAUCGUUUCACAUUUUUAUUUGACUGUUUACGGUUCGAUGACAAGAAUACUCGAAACGAGAGGAAAGCCAUUGAUUGCUUCACGCAUAUUAGAGAAAUUUGGGAUUUGUUUAUUGAAAGGUGCAAAAAUAAUUACGAACCGGGUAAAAACAUUACCAUUGACGAACAACUGCUUUCCUUUCGAGGUCGUUGUUCUUUCAAAAUGUAUAUACUGUCGAAACCAGACAAGUAUGGUUUUAAAAUUGUCUCUAUGAAUGAUGCGGAUACUCACUACAUGAUAAAUGCGAUUCCAUAUUGCGGAACUGUAACUGAAAGGGUAGAAAAUGAACCUAUUCCUAUCUACUAUGUCAGAAAAUUAAGCGAACCAAUCUAUGACACAAACCGUAAAGUAGACGAAGAAUCUGGUAAACCGGAAAUGAUCCUUUUCUACAAUCGAACAAAGGGCGGUACAGACAGCUUUGAUCAAAAAUGUCAUCAAUAUACAGUGGCAAGAAAAACAAACAGGUGGCCAGUUAGAAUGUUUUACGGAAUGCUCGAUCAAGCUGGCGUAAAUUCUUUCGUUUUGUUUAAUUUAAAUCAAGAUAACAGGCCAAUGAAAAGAUUAGAAUAUUUAAUGGAGUUGUCAUUGCAACUUGUUCAUCCCUAUUUAGUAAGAAGAUUGGAAACUCCAACUUUGCGUGGAACUCUGCGUUCAUUGAUUCAAGAUUUUAUAAGGCCCGAAGAUGUACCUGCGGAAAUUGACAUCAGGCACGAUGUAUCUGAUAAUAAAAUGACUAAGCAGAAACGCUGCUCUUUGUGCCCGUCUUCAUUAGAUCGCAAGACUUAUUUCAAAUGUUUGCAAUGUGAUAAGCCAAUGUGUCGAGAACAUGUGGCAAAGAUUUCCUUCCAAUGCGCAAACUAA